CAUCGAUCUCAUCCCGUCUGCACAUGACUGGCCGCCCGCCCUUCUCGAGGCCAUACCAGGGCCAAGGUUCACUCCUCCAGGCUUCCUCUUCCUCGUCGUCUUCUUCCUCUCCUCCCACCAUUGUCCAACAGCCAAAUGCCACUGGCGCUGGAAGUCGCAUGAACAGGGCCUGCCUCGAAUGCCGUCUGGCCAAGUUCAAGUGUUCUCGCGAUCGAGAGGCCGACGACUGCCAGAGAUGCAUUCAUCAUGGCUUCGACUGCGUCACCGUAUCGCAUAGAAGGGGGCGCAAGCCAAAGAGCAGAUUGGCUGGCCUGGACGUAUCGGCUGUUGGUCCCAUCUCUCACUCAAAGACAAGCCUCAAACGGACACGCUCAGAGGAAGAGAUCCAAGAAUCACCUCUCACGCGGCCAUCUGGAAGCCAUUCGAACGUACCCUCAACUUCUCGCGAGGCCGAUAGAUCAGGCUUCCUGGGAGACGACGAUGGACAUGGAGGGGCAGGGAUAGCCCUCGAGCUCUUGCGCCAGAAUGCACCCAGUGGCAUGAGCCAGCAGCAGCAGCAGCAACAACAACCACAACAACAACAACAAAGAAGAUACCACGAGCACCAGCAACAGCAGCAAAAUGGACGGGUGCAACUCACAACACCUGUACGACCCCCUCAUCGUCCCACGAAUGGCACCUCAGACCGAGACUGGGAUCUCGAUAGGUUGAAGAGCUACUUGGUGGCAGACCUACGGCGGACACAAUCACACACUGCAUCGUCAUAUACUCUCGUCACCCCCUCAAGAAAUCUCUCGCCCAGAGCUCCGCCCGUGGGACGCUCCCAAUGGCCCUCGCCCGCAGAUCCACCACCUUAUCCUGUGGAUGUGCGCGUCAAAGAUCAGCCCAAGACACUCGCAUCCAUCCUCGAUCCUUCAGACAACCACGCUGCCUUCAGCGGGAGCAGCCCAACAGCUGAUGAGCAGCGCGAGGAUCCAGUCUCUGUUGGUACAAUCAGCGCAAACGAUGCAGCACAGCUGUACGCCUACUUCCUCUCCCACCUCAACAUCUGGAGUGCAAUGCUCGACGUCGAUGUACAGACCCACGACUACGUACAGGAUCGGUCCACUUUCCUUUACUCCGUCAUCCUCUUUGCAGCGGCCAAAGCCAUCCCUUGGAGAGAUUCAGAGGCCGACUCCUGGGACUUCUUGAGGAAAGUGCGCGGCGGCAUGACCACGCAGCCUGGACAGCGCAAAACAGACGAACAGGGCAAUGCCAUUAAGGACGCUUGGAGGAUGAUGAGAGACAGGCUCCACGCACAUGCCAAAGACGAAGCUGCUAGAUCACUCAUUGACGGCGAUCGAUCGGUAGAGGCGGUACAAGCAUUCUUCUUUCUAGCAACGUGGAAGGACAUCGACGACUCCCUCACACACGUGCAGUCCGGAUUCGCCUUCCGCCUGGCUCUAGACAUGCGCUUAGGCGACUCGUGCCCUCGAAGCCUUUUGAAGCGUCCAACACAUCGAGCUCUACCAGGCAACGCCUCAUCGAGCCACGAGAAAGCUCGGGAGCGGGCGAUACAGGUACACUUUCGCAAACGACAGCGCACCUUCCUUCAGCUCUUCGUCCAGGAUCGACUCCAGUCAAUCUACUAUGUGUCACACCAUACGAUACCCGUCUUCCAUCCUCUCAUUCGAACAGCUGAGCUGUGGAAGGACGACCCACUGCAUACUGCAAAUGAUAGCUGGUGCUGUGCAGCCGUAGAGAUCCGCAAGAUUCAGAGCCGAUGGCAGGGCAUCCUAGAGGACGACUCUUUCGCGCGAGGCUAUCGGCCAUCCGAGGCCCUUAUCACAUCCAUCAGGAGAGACCUCGAGGAAUGGCAGGCCAAGUGGUCAUUCUGGACGCUGCCACGAUCAUCACAAAGAGGCGUGCCCGGCACUAUGACAGCCCCAGAGAGAGCUUGUCGAUCUGGUUCGAUGAUGAUUUGGGCUAACAGCCUAUCUCUACACUUGGGCUGUUCGAUACUGAGGCAGCAGUCUCCCGAAGAUGGCCCCAUGCCUCUCGGUACCAGGUCAAAUUGGGACCACCAUUCGUCGACGAACCAGACACGAAGCAGGUCCACAACCCCUUCAGGGGGUCCACACCUUCUGUCUGCUCAAGCCCCCAGCGUGAGAUUUUGCAUAGAAGCCGCUAGAGGAGUCCUCGCAGGCGUCUUGGAAAUACCGGUAGAUCUGAUCCGCGCUAUACCGGACAGCUUGUCUCUUGAAGCUGCCCACGCAGCAAAAUUCUUGACCAGCAUGGUUUGCGUCUGCGAGGUGGCGACGCUGCAAGACAGAUACCUCGCCAGCGUCAUGGAGCUCUGCCAAAGGGUGAGGGAUCGCUUCGAAGGUGGCACUUACACAGAUCGAGACACCAUCGCCCUGCAUGCUCGCUUCCUUGACCGCCUUAUCACAGCUGCGCGAGAGCCAGCAGCAACAGCAGUGGGCAACACAGGAGGAUCAGCUGAUACGAGCAGCGAAGUGACGUCUGGCGUUGCGCCUUCAGACGUCCCCUCCGACGUGUAUGGCUACGGUGUUCACACUGCCAAGCCUGCUAAUGCGGACCCAUUCCAUCCCUUUGGGCCUUUCGAUGGCACUCUGCUGUCCUCUGCAGAACUGAACAAUACUUCCCUGAUUGACGAUGCAAUGUCAUCCAUGGACUUUGAUGCUCAGGCAUUCCUCAACUCGAUUAGCGAGACUUUCUUCUGACGACACGGCUCGCAUUGCGACACAACUGCGAUGGAAGUCAGAAGCCAAGACACAAUGUAAUGAUUCCUUCGUCAGUAGAGCCUCAGUAGAGCGAAUGAAUAGCUGUGUACAUAGUGUGCAGAAAAGGGUGAAGCAGGUAGUGGAAGGAUCGCAGUAGGCGCCAAGAGGAAGACUCUGUCUCUUGAGCUCUGUCAUCAUUCGCUUCCAGAAAGCAGACCCAUGUGUGCAUCGUGGCCCCAAGGGAUUGAUCUCUGACUGCUUCGCA